GGAAUAGGACGGAUCCACCGAGGAGACCAGACACUGGAACAAGAUGGCAGGAACCAGUCUGGGGGCCCGCUUCUACCGGCAGAUAAAAAGACACCCUGGGCUCAUCCCAAUGAUCGGCUUCAUCUGCCUGGGCAUGGGCAGUGCUGGACUCUACUUGCUACGACUUGCCCUGCGCAGUCCUGAUGUCUGCUGGGACAGGAAGAACAACCCAGAGCCCUGGAAUCGUAUGAGUCCUAAUGACCAGUACAAGUUCCUUGCUGUUACCACCGACUACAAGAAGCUGAAGAAGGACCGGCCAGACUUCUAAGCCAGGGCGGGAGGGUCCACAUGUAUCACUCUCCCUGUCCUUGCCCCAGACCCUAGGGCGUCAGUGUCAGUCUAGUAACAACGUCCAGCUUCUGCUUACCCGGGCCGGAUUCCCACGCAGAGGGGAGACGGCCCCGCCCCCACCCUCCUCCCUUGCUCCCAGGAGAGGAAAAGCCUCUGACCCUCAGCUUGAGUCCCACGUGGGGGAGGGGACUCAAGACUGCAGGCGACCAGUUGGGGUUGACCCAAAAAGCCCAAGCCAGUUCCCUUCUCGUCCUGCCCCUCCCCGUGCCUGAUAGGGUGUGGCACAGUCUACGUGUUGAGCGUGUCCAACGUGUGCCAACAACAAGCAGGGGCCUGAGUGCCAGCGACGUGGCAGGCCCCACGUUUGUUCGAGUUUUGAGCAGUGUUUGGGGCGGUGUCUGCCCAGGCUCGACUGGGCUCGCCCUGGGUACCCAGCCUGCCUUGGAUGGGGUACCUCUACCGUGCAGUGAGCUUCUCUCCUGCCCAAGCCUGCAGCCUCACAUCAAGGACACCCCUCCCGCCUUGCACCUGGGCAGUCUUGUGCCUUUCCCCACCCCUCCCUUCCCUUGCUUCUCUGUCCCUGGGGAUCAAACAGAAGCAGCCGUGGGCAAAAUACAAUUUCAUUUAACAAAUUGAA